AUGAGCUGGGCGCAGACGAUAUACUAUGGGAUCUCGAUCAGAGCGGGCGACCCACGCCCGCAGCCGGGCACCCCGCGAUGGGCCGAGCACCGACGACGCAUCCACAUCUUGGUAGUGUCCCUCUACCUCCUCUACACGAUCUAUGAGGCGGACUGGGAGCUGCGUCGGGCAGGCGACUUCUACAGUGCAUUGGGAGUCAGCCCCUCCGCGUCCGAUCGCGACAUCAAGACGCGCUUCCGCCGGCUGGCGGCCCUGCAUCAUCCAGACAAGACGACCAUGAACGCCGCGAGUGCCGAGCAGGCAGCCCAGGACAAUGCCUUCUUCUUGAAGCUCAAGACCGCCUCCGAGACGCUGCUCGAUCCUGCGCGGCGUUUCGCAUACGACCGCUUUGGCCCAGAGGUUGUUGGCUGGACGCACUGCACCACGAUACGAGACUACGUCGCGAGAGGCGCACGAGUCAACAUGCCCUACUACGGGGCCGUUGCGUUGUUGAUGUACGGGCUGAGCUUGGUGGGGUACAUGAGCUGGGGACAGUACGAGCGGUGGCUGGUGCUGGUAGUUGUGUUCGCCUUCGAACUACACGCCAUGACUCGGCCGACUGGCCCGGCCCUCUUCGCGAGCUUUAUCAACCCUUUCCUAUCGCACUUCACGAGCCAUCCGCCAUACCUGCCCUUCCAGGCCAUAUCGAUGGCACGCAAGGUCAGCGUUGCUCUGUCCAUCGCCUUCUCUCAGAUCGGGCCGAUGCUGAGUGCCGACACGUCGCGCGGGCAGGUAAGCGUGCAGAGCGGUACGGACAGUGAGGCGCUCGUGAAGCAGGGUCUCGAUCGCCUGGAGCUUACGGCACGCGGGCUGGAUUCGGAUGCCAUGAGGUUGCUGGAGCUGGAGAUGGCCCCCUUUGCUGGAGACCCGGCGCUCAUGAACAGCAUGAGGGGCAAGCUCAAGGAGUGGCUCGUGCAGAAUACAAUACGGAAUGACCCGAUGGUGCGAGAUGCUGUGGGCAGGUCGUUCCAGAAGCGACGAGUUGACGCGCCAGCUGGAGCUCGAGGUAACAGAUAG